AUGACGUCCAUUAACAACCAAUGUCGAGAAUCAGUAAUGCCAGCCGACGGAACACAGAUUGGGAGCUCGAAAGAACAGCCAAGUACGGAGGAGCAUGCAACGUCCUCAGCAGACCCAGAUAACGUCGACUGGGAGAUAUGUGACCAAAACCCAAAGAAUUGGUCAUUGCGGCGAAAAUGGAUCAUGAUAUCUGUUGUCUCUGCAAACACUUUGCUGACGGCGCUGGGCGCAACAAUACCAGCGCCAGGUGUGCCAACCUUGAUGCAAGAAUUUCAUUCCGACGGCAACCUCUUGCAAAGCUUUGUGAUUUCGGUCUAUGUUCUCGGUUUUGCACUCGGUCCACUCUUAAUUGCACCACUAUCGGAAGCAUAUGGUCGACAACCAGCGUACCUCGUUGGUAACGGAGGCUUCCUGAUAUGGAAUAUCGCCUGCGGAUUUGCGCCAAACAUGGCUUCAAUGAUGGUUUUUCGUUUCCUCGCCGGCAGCUUUGGUGUCGCCCCAUUUGCUUUGGGAGGUGGCACGAUUGCCGACAUGGUACAGCCCGCUCAGCGAGGGACCGCCAUGGGUAUUUGGAUGGCCGGGCUGACGGUUGGUCCCGUCAUCGGACCCACGAUUGGAGGCUUCGUGAGCGCCUACCUGGGAUGGAGGUGGAAUUUUUGGAUUCUUGCCAUCAUGGCGGGUACCGUUUUGCUAAUCAGCGCCAUCGUUGUGAAAGAGACCUUUGCGCCGGUGUUGCUUGCCAGAAAAACAAAGAAGCUCCAGGAAAAGACGGGACACUCAAACUUGCAACCGCGUCUUCAGAAAAACGUCACUGCGAGACAUCGCCUUUGGCUUUCUAUUGUUCGACCCACGAAGAUGCUGUUUACUUCACUGAUCCUGUUUCUGCUUUGUCUCUACAUUUCACUGGUUUAUACUAUUAUGUUUAUUUUAUUCACAACGUUUACAGAGGUCUUUGAGGGCCAAUAUGGGUUUUCUACAGCGAUCUCCGGACUUGUCUACUUGGGCUGGGGCGUGGGAUCCAUCAUUGGCCAGGCCUUGUACACCCUUUGGACCAACCACUUUGUGUCCCAACGUCUCGAGAAGGGCAGCUUUAAGCCGGAGGACCGACUCCCGCUAAUGGUACCCGGUGGUCUACUCUUAUCUCUGGGCCUCAUUUGGUAUGGAUGGUCUGCUCAAGCCCAAGUUCAUUGGAUUGUUCCCAUGAUAGGAACAGCCUUUGCUGCAAUAGGGCUGACUAUUGUGUUUGUGAGUCACGAGUUGCCUGAGAAGAUAGUAUGA